UCACAUGUUUUUAUUGUUUUGAAACCAGCUUCUUUUUACCCCGUGCGUGGCGACCAUUUUUAAUGCUAGAAAAUGUCCUUAUUUGUGCUUGAUACCUUGGGAAAUCAGGACUUGUUAAAGACAGAAGCAUUUACCGCGCCAAAAUUCAAUAUCAAACAACACAAGGUCAUCGAUGAAAGUACUAAGAAAUCCAAUCUAAGCAAAUUUACAGAUGAACUCAAAACUGAAGAUGAUAAGGUCCAAGAUGACCAACAAGAAUAUGAUUUCUUUGGACUGCCACCUCCAAGCGUGGACAUAUCCGACAUUAUCGCUAACACUUUGUCGGCAAGUCGAAGAAAAGAGUCCAAAGUGGAACAGGAGAUGGAUCAAGUCAUUUUAAAAUCUGAUGAAGCUUCACGCAAUAAAUCUGAGAAGAAACCAAAGCUUAAACGUAUGAUAGAUUUGGACCAUUCAGAUUUUAAUGAGUUUACGGGCAAAAGAGAUGAGUCUCAAAUAUUCAAAACAGACAUACAAAAAGAAUUGGUCAAAACGGAAAUGGUACCCAAUUUGGAGCAGCUUAAAGAAUUGCCAAGUGUAACUCAGAAAAGGCAGCGGGUUCUAAACAGAAUUGAACGUUCAAAAACUAAAGGCAAGAAAUGGUUUAACAUGCCCGCCACUGAAUUGACAGAAGAAGCAGAAAAUGAUUUGAAAAUUCUGCAAAUGCGUUCUGUGCUGGAUCCUAAACAUUUUUACAAGAAGAAUGACUUGAAGGUCUUGCCAAAAUACUUCCAGAUCGGUACGGUGCAACACUCAGCCCUGGACUUUUAUAGUGAACGCCAUGAGCGCAAAAACAAGAAACAUACUUUGGUGGAUGAAUUGUUGGCCGACACUGAAGCACAAAAGUACAUUAAACGUAAGAAUAAGGAAAUUGUUAUGAUGAAACAGAAAUACGCUCAACGUAAGGCCAUGAAAAAGAUGAAGAAACUUAAGAAAAAUAAAUAAUUACAUUUGUUUAUAA